AUGAAUUCGCAAGAAGGAAGGAAUUUCAUUACCAAAGAUGAACGUUUCCUAAAAGGGUUUCUUAAAGAUUUUCAUAAUAGGGUCUUAUAUGCCGAUCAUAUCGGUGAUUUUAAAAAUUUUGAGAACAAAAUGAUCAAAUGGAUAAAUUUCAUUGCAAGUUUUCAAUUCAAAUCGAUUUUGGAAUUAAUGGUAAAUCAUCAAAAAAAUGAAAUAUGGUUUUCAAGUUUAAUUGGAUUUUUUCAUCAACAUGGUAUUGGAGGGUGCGUCAUAAAUGUAAAUAGAGCGUAUGAAUACUACCUAUUAUCCAAGAAUAUCGAAGAUGAAAAUCAUUUUUAUGAUGAUUUAAAAAAAUAUAACACCGUUAUUGGAAAUUAUUUACUCGCCUUAUAUUGUUACAAAGAAAUCAUCAUGAAUAAUAGUCAAUGUUAUCUACAUGGUAACGGGACAGAUAAAGAUGAAAAGGAAGCAUUUGCAUGGUAUUUAAAGUCUGCUAAAGCAGGAAAUACUAAUGCCCAAUAUAGUUUAGGUGGAUGUUAUUAUUAUGGUAAAGGAACAAAUAAAGACAAAGAGAAAUCUUUUGAAUGGUAUUUAAAAGCUGCAAGAGGUGGAAAUUCUAUUGCACAAUAUUAUUUAGGAACGUGUUACUCGUAUGGUAUAGAUGUAGAUAAAGAUGUAAUUGAAGCAUUUGAAUGUAUGGGAGCAUGA